AAAGUGGUUGUUUGGGGACUGUGGUUGUUCGGUGGUGCGGUCACGUGUCGCCGCACUAUUAUUGUCACACUAUGGCAAACUUUAGCGACGCUCUGCCCUCCUGCGGUGUCUAUGGUGCGCGCUGGCUAAGCUGUUUUGACUGCUUGUGAUGUGCGCGGACGCUCUGCUCAGCGGCGGAGCCGUCUCUAUGGUCCCCCAGCUGACAGCCGUGAGGCGGAAGUGCGCUGUGUCCAUGGAGAUGGUGAAGAUGUCGGCCGCGGUGCUUUGCGGUGAGACCUCCAGCGGCGUUACCGUGGCUCCGUCCCUGUCGUGGCUGCCGGACAGUGUCCUCCUGGAGGUGCUCAGCUUCCUAUCUGUCCGGGAUUUGAUCCGGAGCUGCCGGGUCUGCAAAAGAUGGAAGAGGCUAGUCCUGGACAAGUCCUUGUGGAGAUACGUCGAUCUGACGCCAUACAAGCUGAAUUCUAAGAUAUUGUGGCAUCUGGUGAGACAUUGGCUCGGAACCGGCCUGCAGACCCUCAAACUAAAGGGUCUCUUAAAUUCAGUCAAGAAACAGGAGUUCCUCACUCCAGCCAUCCUUCAGGUCCUGGAAAAGCGUUACCUCAGUCUUGAGCAUCUCCACCUCCAGGAAACCAACCUCCGCUCCCUCAGCUAUGACUCUUUACCCUGCACCUUGAAGACGCUCGAGCUGUCAGAUUGCGAGAUCCCUCUAAACUGGGUCAAGUCCUCCAACAACAAAACCAAAGGUCUCCUCAAACUGGAGAAUCUCAUUCUGAACAAAGUGUCCUCUUUUUCCAACCACCAUUUGGAGGCCAUUUGUAGUCAGUCCAACCUAAAGACCCUCUGCCUGUGCGGCACCUACAGAGUCAAUGACAUUGGGAUUCAGAAAGCCGUUCCUUACCUAAAAGGAUUAGAGCACUUAAAGUUAAAGGAAUGCAAUGUGACCGACAUCACUCUGCACCUGAUCGGCUGCCACCUCAAGCAGCUCCGGACCUUGGCUCUUAUAGAUUUCCGCUAUUUAACCGAUGCGGGACUGACCUGUCUAUCUGGGGUGAAGACUCUGGAGAAGUUGUGGCUGGAGUACUGCUACUGCUUCAACUCCAGCUCCAUCAUCGCUGUGUGCGUAAGCCUCCCCGCUCUCAACUAUCUCAACCUCAAUGGAAUGUUCUACGAGGGCCAAGGAAUAGAGGAAAUACAGAAAAGCCUCCCACACUGUACGGUUACUGUGGAGAACCUACUAAAAAAAUAAAUAGCUUAACCUAUUGAAGGAGAUAUCACGACCUUGCUCCGAUCUUCUUUGCUUCCGGUUCAGUACAGGACAAUGCCGGUAGAGGUGCCUAUAGCUGCUUCUCCCCUUUUUCUGUGCUUCUAUCACUUCUCCUAUGAACUUUGUUGUGUGAGAUCCAUACAGAAAUAUGUUCUGGACUGGGGAAUGAGGUCUGCUGGGAGUUUUAGAUCUUGAGGCCUUUAUCAUUACAAAACUACCGGGCUUUUGGCUUCAUGGACUUAUUUAGCAAAAGGGUCGGAUUUGAUUAAAG